AUGACAUCCAGUUUAUCAGAGACUGGUGAUAUUCCGGUUUUAUCAAUGGUAAUGGAUGAUUCGGAGGAUCUCGGCCAUGCUUCUUAUGAGGAUAUGGAUUACGUUGAGGAGUGUGAUGACGCUGAAGGUCGACUUGUUGAACCAGAAAGUGAUUCCGAAUUGGCUGACUCAGAGGGACAGCGCCCCUGUCAUGAUGAUGCGAUCAAGGUACUAGACGGUCACAAAGAAAGUGUUUUCUGCCUCGCAUCCGAUCCGCUGGGCAAGUACCUCGUCUCUGGAGGGCAGGAUCAUGUGGCAAUCGUCUGGGAGGUGGAAACUGGAGCUCAGGUGUUCACCACCGAAGGUCAUGAAGACUCUGUCACUUGCGUUGCUUUCAGUGCGACCGGGACAUACUUGGCGACGGGAGACAUGGCCGGUGGAGUUCAUGUCUGGCUUCGUCCGGAAACCGGACAGCAGCCAUGGAUGCUAAUACAUUCGGACACUGUGGGCGACCUACAAUGGCUUUGUUGGUGGCAACCAUCAUCCACCUGUUUGACCAAACCACUGCCAGCAGUGUUGGCUUCCGGUGAUUCUGACGGCCUAGUGGUGCUUCGUUCAAUCAGUGCGUCCACUUCUAAAGGAACAACAAAACCUGUAAAAUAUUUAGCAGGCAGUGGUGCACCUGCCUCGGCUGCCACAUUCUAUCUUCCGUCCAUCAAUACUGAUCGCCCGAAACUGGUGGUACUUUAUCAGAAUGCUGAACUCCGCCUAUGGGACCUAAAAACACAGCAACCGUUGGCUUCAGUCCAGCUCGAUGGACGUCGUGAUGAGCCCAACGUUGGCGGGGAUCCCGGAGAGUCGCCAACUGUUUUCUCUUUAGCUUGUCCACAACCGAAGCCAUUGUACUCACAGUUGAAGGACCGGGAACUCUUAGCAAUCGGUGGCACUGGAGUUAUCCAUGUGGUUGUUAUUAGACAAACGGAUCCAUCAGACUCCUCAUUUAUUGCAAAGUGUAUUUCCACGAUAGAAACCGGAGACGAUGGCUCAGUUGAAUCGAUCGAUUUUUCGUGGACUCAUCCUUAUCUGGCCUAUGGAACAGUGGAAGGAACGGUCGGGAUCGUGGAUACGGUCAAGCUACGCGUCCGGCAAAAAUGGACGUACACAGACCAAGAUGGUGGCUCUGUUAGCAUCAUUUGCCUUCGAUGGAGUCGUGCACAACCAGUUUUCUUCACCUCCUCCUCCAAUGGCGAAGUGGUUGCCUGGCCUGGUCUUUCCAGUGGGAACGAAGCUGACCUCAGCGGUUUCGCUAAAGCCCCUGAGCCACUGGCUGUUUGGCGGGGUCACCACGCGAUGGUUCUCGAUCUAGCACUGGGGGACGUAGUUUCUACCCAACCGAAUGUGGAAAAGUUCAUCUUCUCAGCAUCAGACGAUACGACAGUGCGAAUUUUCCCAAUCGAACCAUCUGUAUUGCUGCGUCUGAUUUAUUUUAUAACUGACGAGAUAAUUUUGAUCCCCUUGGAGUUGUUUAAUCGGGUGCUUAUUUUGGUUGGCACCUACUGUGAGGAUGCUCUGAGGUGGUUGCUUCCAUGUGUUGCCUUCAAAAAAGCUCCUCUCAUCAGACAAUCUGGAAAGAAACUGACAGCACGAACGCCACUGACAUCGAUUAGCCGCCAUUUCUCGCAGCGUCUCCAGCCAAUCUCAAACGGGAUUACGGGGACCCAUCCUGGAAGGCGUACAACACCAACAAUACCCAGACUCUUCCUCAUUUCCACACUUCGCGUUGUCGUGCGAAAAGAGCCCUUCGAGGAAUUCGGUCAACUGGCAUUCGGAGCCUGUGACCAAGACAGCACAACCUGUGCAGUGAGAUCAGUUCGUCUAUCGUGGGAUCAUGCCCACUGA